GCGAGAUUUGACGAGAUGUGUGCUGUUGGAUAGACUUUUAUCGUUUCUAGUCUUUGUCAACAAUUCAAAUAGCUACUUUUUAACGGCGAAGAAAGUCUUUAAACCGUGCCACUCAUAAUUGAUUGUGUUUUGAAGGCGACUGGUAGUAAAACGAGGAGUCUUGCGUUACCAAUUGAUGUGGAUUAGCCUAUAGCUAUUAGCUACCAAACAUCAACAGGAAGUAACAGGCAAACUAAAUCCCAAUGUCUUGCACUUUGAGUUCUCCAGAUAUGAACUGCACUUUGGAGAAAGUCCUGGCUGACGCCAAAUCAUUGGUGGAAAGGCUCCGUAACCAUGACAAUGCUGCAGAGCUGUUAAUUGAGCAGACAACGUUCCUCAACAAGCGGGUGGAUGCAAUGAAGCAGUACCAGGUGGAGAUUGACACGCUAAACCAGGUUGCACGCCAUCGGCCUCGGUCAAAUCUGAUCUUGGGCAUCCAGCAGGAAAACCGUCAAAUCAGAGAUCUCCAGCUAGAAAAUAAAGAGCUGCGGACGUCAUUGGAGGAGCACCAGUCUGCAUUGGCACUCAUCAUGACCAAAUAUAGGGAGCAGGUGUUCAGGCUGCUCAUGGCCAGAAAGAGGGAUGACCCCACCAUUGUGAGCCAGCUGAAGGAGCAACACACCACGGAAAUGCAAGCACACAUAGACAAAAUCAACGAGAUGGCUUCUGUGAUGAGGAAAGCAAUAGAAGUGGACGAGGGGCGGAUAUGUGAAGAUGAAGAGAGAAUUAAGCAGCUGGAGCUGGAGAACAAAGGACUGAGAGAGCUGCUUGGCAUCAGCCGUGAAGCAUUCCUGAUCCUUAAAAGAGAAGACACAUCAGAAAGCACAUCGCUGUCGCCGCCACUGACCAAUACUGAUGUCAGCUUACAGUAGAGUUAAAAGUCGAGACUUGACUGACCAACCCACCCUUCCACUCCACCUCUGCCACUACUGUGUACAGUGUGUUGCCACACACUUUCUUUUUUUUUCUCCAGGGAUGAAAACCCCACCAUUGACUGCCGGUGCAUUUACUGUAUCACCUUCCUACAGAGCUGCAUUUGAACACUUACUUCAUUUUUGGUACUUAUUAUAGGUUUGCUAAGUGUUGGCAAGCACAGUCUGCGGCACUUGGAACGACUUGAAUGUGUGAGUGAGCGAAAGAAAAGUGUGAGCUAGAAUAAAUUCUAUGAAUAUGAAAUAUUAA